CAAUCUUUCGCUCAAUCAAUGGACCGAAAUCUUGCGCGUGAUAUCAGAUGACGCCGUCUAGGCUGAUGCGCCCGCGUCCGCCAUUGUGUUUCCUCCCCAAUCGUACUUCGAUAACCACCGCAUCGACGCGAACGAUAUUUGUCGCUGCGGCCUCAAGCUCCCGACCCUGUCGCGAUCCGCACUCAUGCCUUCGAAACUGUAAUUGCCUCGCGCAAAGAUCCUUUGCACAGGUCAACGAUACCGAACAAUGGAACAGAGAUAUCUGGUUCACCAGCUCAGCGCCUCGGUAUGUGCCUCCUGGCCUUGAUGGAAAUGGAGACCACUCGCCGCCCGACGAACGAACGCUCCAACUAGGCAAGACAGUUAGAACUUUACACGAGCGCCUGCCAACUCUUUUGAAAGAGCCGCUGCCCUCCGACAUUCUGUCUCCGAAUAUUUCACUACAUCUCUUCCCUUCGACACAUCCACACCUCCCUCGAGUUUCAGGACGAAUCGCCUACGUUGCUGCAUUGUGGACGGCUCCUGUGGCAUGGGGUCGAAUGCCUCUAUUCGGCAACGUCAAGCUCGUCAUCCUGUCAGAGCGCAUGGUUCGCAAUGGCGGCAGUAGUGUGGAGCAUCAAAAUCGGGAUGAAAAGCUGAUAGUCAAGUGGAAGACAUGUGGCAAGAAGACUACACAGCGCGAUGGCACCGGAGGUAUAUACCGCGGCAUGGGCCUGGCUGCAGCGAGGGAUCCAGUCGAUAAGAUCAAGGACUUCAUCUCCGGGACCAGAAAUGAUGGCUCAAAACACAAGAGUGAAGAGGACGCCGAAGAGUUUUGUGGAGUUUUCAUUUUCGAGUUCGAUGAACAAGGACGCAUUCAGAAACACACUAUUGAACAUACAGACGAAGGUGGACAUUGUGACAAGAUGACUCGAGUAGUGUCUGUGACAGACUGGCUACUGGGGCAGUUCAAUGGGAAGAGGAAGGACGAGCCUGCGCUUGCGCUCUGCGAAGAGAGACCCAACUGUGGCUCGAUCAGGUUGGUCGAUAGGCGAACUCGAUUCUAAUGUACAUUACGACUUUGCGAUGAUACCCGGGCGUUGGAAUGGGAGGUGUUGAAAAGCGCGGGCGAGAAGAUACUUAUGCAUCUGCUGGGAGUUUUGCAUUGAUUGGAUACGUGUUCGCACACCCUCCACUGAAUGUACAGAUAUACGACUGAUGAACUUGCGGCACAUCACGUAGAUGCGAAUGGAGAUUACGUUGAGG